AUGGGUAUCUCACGAGACAGCCGUCACAAGCGGUCCGCAACUGGCGCGAAGCGCGCAUACUACCGAAAGAAGAGAGCAUUUGAGAAAGGCCGUCAACCCGCCAACACACGUAUCGGUAACAAGCGAAUUCACUUAAUCCGCACACGAGGAGGCAAUACCAAAUUUCGAGCGCUCAGACUCGACAGCGGUAACUUCUCGUGGGGCAGCGAAGGAAUCGCACGCAAGGUUCGUGUGAUCGUCGUGGCUUACCACCCGUCCAACAACGAACUGGUUCGGACCAACACCCUGACGAAAUCCGCCGUCGUCCAAGUCGACGCUGCUCCUUUUCGUACCUGGUACGAGGCCCACUAUGGCACCACUCUCGGCCGCCGACGUCAGCAGAAGGGUGCGGAUGCAGGUGAGGAGAAGAAAGUCAGUAAAAGUGUCCAGACAAAGCGUGAGGAGCGGUUAAGGAAGUCCGGAAAGGUCGAGCCUGCUCUUGAGAGACAGUUUGAGGCUGGAAGAUUGUAUGCUGUCGUCAGCUCGAGACCUGGUCAGAGUGGUCGUGUCGAUGGAUACAUUCUUGAGGGUGAUGAGUUGGCUUUCUACCAGCGUGCGAUUAGGAAGUAG